UUCCAUCCACAUUCGUAAAUCUAUCCAUCUCUCCAACCUCUCCAAUAUUCACUGCACUCAUUAGAAUAUAAACUCCCAAAACCUUCCUAAAACCCUACUUACCCCACGCGCCAAUGUACGGUCACAACAGCACCGCAUUCCCAUGCGCCCCCGAUUUUCAGUAUCAUCAGGGCUCGCAUGAGGCUCUUCCAUUGCAGUACCAUCACGACCACCUUGUCUCCUCCGAGUUCAGCAGCAGCUGUAGCAGCGGCUCCAGCAGCCACGGAGCCUCGCCGAUCAGCCACAGGGCUCACGAGUGCUACGGAAACCCGGCCCCGAACCUGAUUCAGCGCAGCGUCAGCAGCCAUUCACUGCAGAAGACUCGCGGGACCCACAAGCAGGUCUCCGACUUGCUGGAGUCAGAGACCGUCCCGGUCCGCCGGGUGUAUAGCACUGGGGACUUGGAUUUGCAGACGAUCAAUAGCAUGCAUAGUAACGGGGUACAAGUGGUACAGCAAUUGCAAUAUGGUGGUUAUAACAGAUCAUCAGAAAGUAGUCCGCUGUCGAGUGAGAGCAGUAUGAUCAUAGAAGGGAUGAGCAAAGCUUGCCCGUACAGUCCCGAGGAGAAGAAAGAGAGAAUUGAGAGGUACAGAAGCAAGCGCAACCAAAGAAACUUCAACAAGACCAUUAAGUAUGCUUGUAGGAAGACAUUGGCGGACAGCCGGCCGCGCAUCAGAGGCCGGUUUGCUAGGAACGACGAAAUUGAGAAGAAUUCAAAUGUUCAAUGGAGCAACAUGAGUGGGGAAGAAGAUGAGGAGGAGGACGAUAGUUGGAUCAACCUUCUUGAUGCAUUUUCUUCAAUCGAAUCUAAUUCCAUAAUCUAGCUAGCAACAUAGGACCACCUCUAUGUCCCAUGCCUGAUGUUUAGCAAGUAGCUAGGCAAAUUUGGGGCUGCUUGAUUUGAACUUUAAUUAUUAUUAUUAUGCAGAAUGCAGUACUUUAAUUAAGCGCUAUUUAGCUUGAAGUACUAGUUCAUGUAAAUAUAGGUGAUUGUAUUGUUAAACUUAAUGACAAUGUUUAAGAGUUUAAUUAAUCAAGGGUGAAGUUUUAGCUUCUACAGAAUUAAUUAAGGUCGUGCUCAA